CCCCCUCCCACAAGUCCAAGGCAAUACAGUCUUCCGGAUUGGUGUUUGACAAUGGCGCCUGGAAUACCAUUUCAGUUGUUCUGUUCCAGACCGUUUUUUCUGUUUUUAUUUGUAAUAUUAGCCAUUUUAAGUACAGCGGCCGGGGAAAAGCAGUUGAAAUUUGUCACGUUGCUUUAUCGUCAUGGUGACCGGUCUCCUGUCAGAACCUUUCCCACUGAUCCCCACCAGGAGAGUGCCUGGCCUCAGGGCUUUGGGCAGCUCACCCAAGUGGGGAUGAGGCAACAUUUCGAGCUGGGACAGACUCUGAGAAGACGUUACCGGGGGUUUCUUAAUGAAACCUACAUUCGGAGAGAGAUCUCGGUUCGCAGCACAGAUUAUGACAGGACGUUGAUGAGCGCUGAGGCCAACCUGGCAGGACUGUACCCUCCCAAUGGCAGUGAGGUCUUCAACCCAAACAUCACCUGGCAACCCAUUCCAGUCCACACUGUCCCGGACACUGAAGACAUGUUGCUGAGGUUCCCAUUGCCAAACUGUCCUCGUUAUGAUCUCCUGAUGAACGAGACUAAGAAAACGGAGACAUUUGUGAACAUGACGAAGAAUAAUAUUAAAUUUUUGGAAAUGGUGGCCAAUGAAACUGGAUUGAAGGAUGUAUCUGUACAGUCAAUCUGGAGCGUCUACGAUACUCUGUUUUGUGAGCAAUGUCAUAAUAUGACACUGCCUCCUUGGGCAACUCUGGAGGUGAUGCAGAAGUUAAAGAAGCUAAAGGACUUCAGCUUUGAGUUCAUGUUCGGGAUCUAUAAGAGAGAGCAGAAGGCCCGUCUCCAAGGAGGUGUUCUUCUCGGGCAUAUUGUAAAAAAUAUCUCACAAGCUUCCAGUACCUCCUCCACUGAUCCCCUGAAGCUGAUGGUCUACUCGGCGCACGACACUACCAUUGUGGCUUUGCAGCUGGCGCUAGACGUUUACAAUGGCAAACAGGCCCCCUAUGCUUCUUGCCACAUCUUUGAGCUGUACCAAGAUGAUCAUGGGGCCUUCACAGUAGGGAUGUUCUAUCGGAACGAAACCGGGAAAGAUCCGUACCCUGUGAAACUGGCAAACUGUACCCAGGACUGUCCACUUGAGGAUUUUAUUAGGAUCACGAAGUCCGUCAUUCCAGACGACUGGGCAAAGGAAUGUCAGAUCGGCAGCACACACCAGGACACAGAAGUGAUCGUAGGUCUUGCGGUUUGCGGCUGCUUGCUCUUCUUGCUGAUUCUGCUCAUGCUGACUGUUCUAUGCCGGCAGAAAUCUCAGGCAGGCGGGUAUCGCCACGUCUUAAACGAGGGUGAAGACCAAUCCUGACAAUCACUCGCACUUCUCAGAAAAGAACAACUGUCAGACAGCGAGGAUGACUUUUAAUUCUCCCAGGACAUAAUGAAGGGGAGCUGAGACAAGUUACUGAGCAAUCACAAAGUUUAAAAGAAAAAAAAAUUCAGAAUUCCACUUUCUUGGUGCCACAAUGAGCAUUUAUGUCUGUUGACUCAGGGUAGAAAGGGAUGCUUAAUAUAUAGUCGCAGGACAAACACAUGGACUGAAUUAUUUGGGAGCCGCUAAUGCUCUAGAUCCUUACUGUGGCAUUGAAUUUGUGUUUUAAAAAAAAAAAAAAAAAAAAAAAAAAAGGUAAUUUUUAAUGCAAUGAUUGUCUAGACUAGACCUUUUGGAGAAGAACACAUUGUGUGCUCAAUUUAACAUGCUGCUUUGUUUUUGUUUUUUUCCUAAGACUGUGCUUCUAACCUUCUGUUGCUACCUCCUUCCUCUCCAUUUACAAUAAUGCUCAUUCCAGUCUAAGACUUUGACAGUAGCUACUGUUGAGAAAAACACGGACCUUGACAGGAGUUUGUUUCCCAGUGAGUUUGGUAGUGAUUAGUGCCCAAAUCGAUUUAUGAAUGAUAAUGGUGGUUUCAACAUGGCCCAUACAUGGAACUGAAUGAAGAAUCGGAUAUUAGUGUGCAGGACCCUGGGUAUAGUCAUUGUCAACACAGUCCCACCCCAUCCGUCCAUCCAUUCAUACACAAAAUGAUGCUUGUGGGAAGCUAACCCAUGAUUAAUUGGAAGGGAAGUGCAUCGUACUUGAAAGAUGCAUUUCUGUUGCUAUAGUAACACGUGCUAAUAUCAAUUUGAUUCCUUAGAAACUUAAUUUAUUUUUUAAAUACAGGAAUGUGAGUUAAUUUAUUGAAUGUAUUGGCAUUCCAUAUUUACAGUUGGGGCUGCUUUUGGUAUGCUAGGGUUAAUAACUUCAACAGCACUAUCUGGUUUUUUUUUGCUAAUAAAGCAGAACAGUAUGGUAAGGAAACAUUGAAUUGCAUUUGCUAACUAAUACAAUGAAUUGGCCAUGCCAAAGAAAGCAGAAACCAGAACAUCUAGACCGACAGCUUUCAGUUUAUUCUUGGGAGUUUAGUGCCACACACUCACACAGAUGGGUUGCACAAAAAAGGUUUUGCUAAAUCGUUCAGGUGUUUUCAACCCUGCAUGUGUAAGAGGAAACAGGGUUUAAUUAUUAUUAUUGUAUUAUCUUAUUUCUUUUGGACAGGUAUAUGGUUUGGGUUUUUGUUUUAACUUCAUGCUUGUGAAUCGCAAUUUUAAAAUUUAAAUAAAUAAAUUUGCAACGAA